AACCAUUCGACAAUUGACGUUUCAUUCCAAAUUAUUUUUUAUUUUAUUUCUUAUCGGAAAACUUAUUUAAUUUAAGUCUUUUAGGCGUUAUAUUAUUUUUUAAAGCUGGACUUAAAACCAGAUUUGAAAUUUGUGCUGCGAGUAAAGUAGUCCUAAGGCACUUUGUAAUACCCAUCUCCUCAAUAGAGCUCAAAAAAAUUUGCAAUAGUGAAAUGUGGUACUGAUCUAGUUCUUUUUGUAACUUUCUUGCAUCAAUUUCUGCAAAUAUCAAUUUUAACAUAUUAGCAAUAUGGCUAGUACAUCACGCUAUGAUGCAAAUAAAGUCUGCUGUUCUUCCCAUCCAGAUGCCCCAUUGAUAGAAGAUUACAGAGCAGGUGAUCAAAUAUGCUCAGAAUGUGGACUUGUAGUUGGUGAUCGAGUAAUUGAUGUUGGUUCAGAAUGGAGAACAUUCAGUAAUGAAAAGAAUGGAGUUGAUCCUUCUCGUGUCGGUGGACCAGAAAAUCCACUACUGGGGGGUUCAGAUCUGACUACAAUGAUUGGACCCGGUCGAGGAGAUGCAAGUUUUGACUCAUUUGGUGUGGCUAGGUAUCAAAAUAGACGCACAAUGAACAGCUCAGACCGAGCUUUGAUUAAUGCAUUUAAAGAAAUUAAUGCUAUGGCUGAUCGCAUUAAUUUACCUAGAACUAUUGUUGAUAGGGCCAAUAAUUUGUUUAAACAAGUUCAUGAUGGACGUAACUUAAAAGGACGUUCAAAUGAUGCUAUAGCUUCAGCUUGCUUAUACAUAGCCUGUCGACAAGAAGGUGUGCCUCGAACAUUUAAAGAAAUCUGUGCUGUGAGCAAGAUUAGCAAAAGAGAAAUUGGCAGAUGCUUCAAACUAAUACUCAAAGCCCUGGAGACUUCUGUUGACCUUAUCACUACAGGCGAUUUUAUGUCUAGAUUCUGUUCAAACUUAGGACUUCCAAACAUGGUGCAAAGGGCAGCCACACAUAUUGCAAGGAAAGCAGUUGAGCUGGAUAUUGUUCCUGGAAGAUCACCAAUAUCAGUUGCUGCUGCUGCUAUCUAUAUGGCCUCUCAAGCCUCAGAAGACAAAAGAAGCCAAAAGGAAAUUGGAGAUAUUGCUGGUGUUGCUGAUGUAACUAUUAGGCAGUCAUACAAAUUGAUGUAUCCUCAUGCAGCAAAACUAUUCCCGCCAGAUUUUAAGUUUGCUACUCCCAUAGAACAAUUGCCACAAAUGUAGAUUCUUUGCAAACACCAAUAGGUAUAGAGGUAACUUGUUUUUUCUUAAACAUCAUGAAUAUACUUUUAGGUUAUUAAGAAGUUGCACCCAUUUUUAUUAAGUUAUUACAGAAUCUUUAGUUUGGGUUUGUUUUGUAAGUUUCUCUAGAAUUUAUAGUUUUGUCUACUUUUUACUAGGUAUAUAUACAAUUCAAUGAAAAAUAUUUCUGUUGUGGAUGCGGGCUGUCUACAGCAGUGACCAUAUAUGACUAUUUUUUUAAUGUACAUCAUACUAAGAUCACAUGGAUAUUAUUGCCAAUUGUUAUUUGUUCAGAAGCUUUUAAAAUAUAAUCAUAAUAUAGAAUAUGAAGGCCUAUAAAUUUUGUAUCACUAGUUUGUUAAGUAUUAAAAUUAGGUAUAUAUGAUAUUUUCAUUAAAGAAUUUGUUAUUA